CGGGCGGGCGGCGGCGCGUCCGCGGCUCUGCCUCCUCCACCGCAGCGCCUUUAUUGUGUUUCUCACAUUAUUUUUUUGCCUUUCCGCGAGGAGCUCGGGUGUGGUUUUUUUUGCUGGGGUUUGAAUUAUUUUUUUUUGGAUUUUUUUUUUUUUUUUCGUCUUCUGUCGUGGCCGGCCGGAAGGGACUUAAGGGGAGAUCAAUGAAGGAAAGAAGAGCGAGCCAGAAGUUAUCGAGCAAGGCUGUGAUGGAUCCCAACCAGAACGUGAAGUGCAAGAUCGUGGUGGUCGGGGACAGCCAGUGCGGGAAGACAGCGCUGCUGCACGUCUUUGCCAAGGAUUGCUUCCCCGAGAGCUACGUCCCCACGGUGUUCGAGAACUACACGGCCAGCUUCGAGAUCGACACGCAGCGCAUCGAGCUCAGCCUCUGGGACACCUCGGGGUCUCCUUAUUACGACAACGUCCGCCCGCUCUCCUACCCGGACUCCGACGCUGUCCUGAUCUGCUUUGACAUCAGCCGGCCUGAAACCCUGGACAGUGUCCUAAAAAAGUGGAAAGGGGAAAUCCAGGAGUUCUGCCCCAACACCAAGAUGCUGCUGGUGGGCUGCAAGUCCGACCUGCGCACCGACGUCAGCACGCUGGUGGAGCUCUCCAACCACAGGCAGACCCCCGUGUCCUAUGACCAGGGUGCAAAUAUGGCCAAGCAGAUUGGAGCAGCCACGUACAUCGAGUGCUCAGCCCUGCAGUCAGAAAACAGCGUCAGAGACAUUUUCCACGUCGCCACCCUGGCGUGUGUGAACAAAACAAACAAAAACGUGAAAAGAAACAAAUCUCAGAGGGCCACAAAGAGGAUUUCACACAUGCCUGGCAGGCCAGAACUGUCCACAGUGGCCACAGACUUGAGAAAGGACAAAGCCAAGAGUUGCACGGUGAUGUGAAGGAGCUGGGAUUUCCUGCAGGAGGAGGAGGAGGAAGAUCCAGGAGGGGUUUGGAGCUCAAUGAAGUCACAGCCACAGGGUGUUUAAAAUGUUGGUUUUUUUUGCCAGUGCUUUCAUGGAGAUUUCUGCUGUUGUGUGAGACUGUGCUGAAGGACUGAGCAGCAGGGAGAGACACGUGGCAUCAGGAAUUUCUGCUGAAGACAACACCAAAAAAAUGAAUAAUAAUGAUAAUAAUAAAAGGGAAAAAAAUGUUUGAAUGUGCUGAGAGAAGAGAGAAUGGUUGGGAAAAUAACCCUGCAAAGGAGAGAUGGCAUGGACAGUGGAUGUUUGUUUUGUGCUCUGCUCCUGGAUGCUACCACUUUGAUUUCAUUCAAAUAAUACUUUAAUGGGAUUUUUUUUUUUUUAAAUGAAGACAUUAUUAAUACACCCUUCUCAUUAAGGAACUACCCCUGUGACCUUAGAGUUGGUUUUCCAAAGGAUUUGAUCUCAUUUUUUUUUAUUUUUAGUAGCUGAUUGUGAAAAUGGAGAGGAUACCAAGGCCUGUGUGUCACCUGGAGGGAAAAUUUUGGAGAAUUCUGGAGUUUUGCCUAUUUGAUCCACGGUGGGAAUGAAGACAAAGUGUUUGAGGAUUCCCAGAAUUUCUGUGGAGAUGAGCUGGAUCAGAUUUGGGGGGGAGGGCAGUUGCUGCAGGUUCCUCUUUGUGGUUGUGGUGUGGAAAUGGUGCCAGUGCUGGUGUUCUGUGUGCUGUAGGUUCAGCUGGGAGGUGCUGAGAGCUCUGAUGACAAAUGAUCCAUCCUUUUCCAGCCCUGUGUUCCUUAAGCCUUACUCCCCACCUGGGGAAACCCCAAAAAAAAAAUCCCCUUUGGGCUUCUCCCAGCCCAUGGAUCCCACAGGAAACGCUGUUCUGGGAUGUAAAAAAACAAAA